CAGCCGUCUCUUUAUCAUCAGGAUUCCAGAUUUGGUUCAGUUUUUCUUUUGUUUUUUUUUUUAUGCAGAAUACUGCAACCUUCAGAGGAGUUUUGAACUGGAUUCAAUGGAAACCUCUCUGCUGGAUGUUUUUUGUCAAACUAUCAAAUAACUUUGAAACAUCUGGCAAAUCCUUUCAGUCUGUCUCAGAUGCUGUCGUGCUUUCUACGAGCUUGAAGUUCUGAGAACACUACAUACGUGCAUUUUCAUUUCUGAGAAUUUGCGAGCUGCUGAACAGUUUCAGCAUUUCAGCAAACCAACUAUUCAAGAAGGAUGGUUCAUUUUUAUACCUCACAUUAUCUGAUGUCUUUUGCCGCCUUGUGGAGCCUCACCUAUCUGGGAUUGCUGGCAGCGUGGCCAAACAUUGCUGGAACCAAACCAAAACACCAGUUUGAUCCAAAUGUGAGAGACUGGGGAGACUACUCAGACCUCCCUCCCAAAACUGAAUUUGGGCUGUGGCUGGAAGAAGACAGUGAGCGUGAGGAAAAUAGGGGAGUUGGAGAAUCAUUAUCAAGUUUGGCUCCGGAGCUGGAUUUCCUGGCAGAAUUUUUAGGUAAAAAGCGGUUGUGGGUGAUAUCAGCUCCAUCACACAAUGAUCACUACCUUCAUAUGAUGGAAAAGCAGCUAGAAGACACAGAUCAGAAAGGGUUGAACUGCCGUUUAGCAGAAAGAGACACCUUUAUCAUCACCAUCAUCCAGAAUGCCAUGAUGGAAGGUCGCAUUCAGAAAACAACUUUUCAAGGGGAUGCCACAGUAGAAAGCUUGGACCCUGACACAGUUACUAAACUGCUGCACUACCUAGAGCUUACUGGCCAAGAAAAAACAUUUAGCAUGUUGGUUAUGAAGAAGAACCUUCAGGUCAGCGAGCGUUUCCCUUACCCAGUCCGUGCUGAGGCAAUUUUAGAGCUCAUCGAUCAGUUCCCCAUGAGGAAACUAGAGAAGAUGACCAGAAAAGGAUCCAAUUUAAGAUGUAAAACCAUGAAAAAGAAAGUUGUGAAAAGAAAGAGGAUGAUGAAGAAGAUGAUGCCAAGCCCUCAGGGACAAGGAAAUGUGACCUCUGUCGUGACCUCACAAAGGAAACCUCUAGAUAAAAAAGCUGUGCUGAAGAGUAAAAUCCAGGACAUACUGAAUGGUCGGUGGAGGUUUGUUAUCCGUAAGGUGCCUGUUGGAUCCACAAAAGGAAAGAAGUCGACCAGUAAUGAUUGGGCCAGCUCUAAAGUGCCCAGUCCUUCAUCAGUCCCAAGUAAUAAUGAAGACGUGGAGAAAGACAGGCCUCACUCCAGCGUAAAAGAGGGAAAGAAACAACACGGAGGGCAAAACACUGAAGAGUUAAAUGUAAAGGGUGUUACACAAGAUAAACACGGCAAUAAGAAAAAGGGGAAAGGGAAGAAAGGAAAGAAAGGAAAAGGAAGAGGGAAAAAGUCCAACACAGAGGCCAGUGAAGAGGAUAAAACAGCCCUGAAGACAUUUUUGGAUCGUUUAAGAGGGUCCAGAAGGCUUAUGCUGAUCUCCACGCCCAGCGGAGAUGCAACGCUGUUCGUCCAGCAGAAUCAGGAGAAUGAGAAGCAGCACUGCGAGCUUGCUAUCAGGAAGAUUACCGUGGCAACCAUUGAGGGUGAAGGAAGUGACGCCACGCUCACACUGCAGCAUCACCAACUCGAGUCAGAACCCUUUCUAAGUGAUCAACUAGACCAGUUCUCACACACAGGCCUGAUCUCUCUGUUGAGAGCAGAGCUCGGCUUGUCGUCUUCAGACCUCUUUUCAAUGACUGUCACGGAUUAUGACAUCAAACGCACCAGAGUCUUUGAGGCUCCUCCAUCAAGCUCAGCUUUGUUCGAGUACAUUGACAACUUCCCUUCAAGGUAUUCAGAGAGAGAGAAAGAAAGGAGGAGCCCUCCACUUUGCUCCAAAGACAUGCAAGACCCUGCAGCUAAGAACUCACUGCUCAGGUUCAUGUCCAAGAGAAGGCUACUACUGAUUUCUGCUCCCUCUGAGGAUGACUACUCUUUUCAACAGCAGCUGUCUGCUCUCAGUGGACAGGAGUGUCAUCUGGGUAUUCGCCACUUCGGCAUGUUAAAGCUGACUGGAAAUGGAAAAAAAGCAUCAGGAACUGUGGAGCUAUUUCCCUUAAAUGGUCGUAGUCAGAGUGAGGUUGAGCCAUUAUCCCACGAGACGGUCAACAAUAUGAGAGAACAGCUAAAGAUCAGUAAAGACUACUUCAGUAUGCUGGUCGUAGGGAAGGAUGGUGAUGUCAAGGCGUGGUUCUCAUCACCUAUGUGGUCCCUGGAUAACAUUUAUGAUCUGGUAGACUCAAUGGAGCUUCGCCUUCAGGAGUGGAAGCUCCAGAGGAGACUGGGGAUCCACUGUCCUGAAGACAGAGGAAGAGAAAGCAGUGAAGCAGAACACAAUCCUGGGUAUGAUGAGGAUAGAGCAGAUUAUACAUACUUGUAUCACCAAUCAUAAAAAUGACAUAAAAACUAUAAUAUCUUCAGGACACAAGAUGCAGCAUACAAAAUGUAAGCAGAUAAAUAUCAUGCAUUUGUUGAAUACUGGAAUCAGUUUAAGAAAAUAAAAAAAAAGCAUAUGUGUAUCCUCUAGCUGUUCUUUGGAAGAGCUGGUGGGUUGGAGUAAUUGGUUGUUUGCAGCAGUGAAACAGAAAGAAGGCUCACUCAUGCUCUAACAGUGCUUUUUGGCAAAGCUUCUGUCCAGUCUGUAUGCAACACAUUGCUUAAAUCAAAGAAAGGCAAAACAUCCCUCUGCUACAAUAUUGUGCUGCCGAGACCAAAACUUUAUUUGAACUAAACACAUGUUCUUUUCAUAGAUUCUUAUGUAAACAUCUGAGCCUGCAGGAAACUAUGUGUCAGUGAAACAGAGUUCCUAUUAUUAAAAAAAAUGCAUCUAUGAACUAUAGUUGUAUUGUGGAGGGUUUUCUUUUAUUACACAUAAGCGAUUAUCUAAUGUCAUCCACCAUGUUUAUUUUAGACUGAGAUUUCUUUUAUGCAGGGAAAGUAGCACACGAAAGCUUGAUUCUUUACCAAAGCAGCAUCUAGAAAAGGGGAGAAAACACUUCUUCUUACAUAGAGCUUAUAGAAAAAAUAUCCAAAGGAAGAUUUAGUUAAUGAUUACAAUAAGAUGACAAGUAGCUUGUCCAGAGGAAAUGUAUCAGUCACUUGUAGCGUGCAUUUCACCUGCAGGAAUGUGGAUGUUAGAUUAUACAAAUGAAGCAGCAUUAUGAUGUACUGAGUCACAAGAAUGCUAUAAAUUCAAAUAAAUAUGUAAAGUAAAAUGAAAAUCCAUCUAUACAUCUAUUUGCUAAACUUACUUAAUCCAAUGUAGGAUUGUGGGGCAGCUGGAGCCUAUCCCAGCAACUGUGUGGGAAUAUAAAAGUGGUAAAUA